AGGCACACUACAGCCAGCUGCUGAUAAGACAGGAUUCAGCAGAGUCAAAAUCAAACUCACUUCCAGGCUAUUAUAUAUACAGGAUACACCUUCACUAUCAAUAUACUAGUGUGACUAAGCCAGCAACAGCAACUAAAAGAGAGAUAACAGGUGGUAGGACUGCCAGACUGAUGGGGCAUGACUGAAAAGGGGUCUGAUGCAUCUAUAUUUAUUUGCUGGAAAUUGUAGUAAUACUGUUCAGUGCAGAAUGCAACCCAACCUCUAUGCUCUAGUCUAGUGGGUACUGUCAGAAGGAUAUAGCAGGGCGGUGGGUGGACAUCAUAUACACAGCCCCUUCCCAGGAACAGAAAACAGACGUUUGGAUAUAUUUACAGAAGCAACUAAAACUGACCUAUCAGAGGGUUUUGGCAUUGGAAUAUAAUUCGCUUUAGUUGCUAUGGAUUUAUUACCUUCAAAUACAUCAAUCGAAUUACUUAAACAUGUUAUACUCCAUGAUGCCAGCCCUGCUGCCACUGGGAACUGCUCAUCGCUCAACUACGACAGUGCCUAUCAUUUUGUUCUGAUUCCAAUACUGUACAUGAUAAUUUUUAUAGUAGGGAUUAUUGGAAACACCGUUGUAGUUGUAGGACUCACAUGCUGCCUUCAAGCAAAGUCUGUGGCCAAUAUUUACAUUGUGAACUUAGCUAUUGCAGACUUGUCUUUUCUCGCCACACUACCACUGUGGGCAGUGGAUAUGUCAGGGAAAUACAAAUGGAUCUUUGGUUCCACUAUGUGUAAAUUCUGUGGCACUAUGUCAUCAGUGAACAUGUAUGCCAGCAUUUUCCUGCUCACUUGCCUAAGCAUAGAUCGUUACUUUGGCAUUGUGUGUCCAAUGGAGUCCCUUAAAAACCGAACUAUUACCAAAGCAAAAAUGAUAACACUUAUUAUAUGGGUUUCUGCAUGUGCUAUGAGCACUCCAACAAUGUACUUCCGUCAGGCUUACUAUUCAAAUAACUUCCACCACACUGUCUGCACCAUGAAAUACCCGACAAACAGUAUGUUCUGGCCAAUAUUUGUAGAAUCAAUGAAGUAUGUAGUUGGCUUUGUGGUACCUUUUUGUAUUCAGGGAAUCUGUUAUUGGUUGAUAUAUAAAAUCAUUUUAGCAUCUAAUAGGGUGAAGAAGACAAAAAGUGAGAACAUCCUAAAGGUGGUGGUGUCAAUGGUGCUUGCUUUCCUCAUAUGCUGGCUGCCAUUUCACAUAUUCAACCUCCUCAAGUUGCUGGCACGAUUCCAAAUUAUUCAAAACUGCGCAGUAAUUCACACAAUUAAUGUUGUAAUACCGUUCACGGUUUGUAUCGCAUUUUCCAAUAGCUGUGUAAACCCUAUUCUUUACUGUUUUGCCAGCAAAAGAUUUCGAAACCAACUUAUAAAAGUCUUGAAACGUUCCCUAUAAGGCUUAAAAAUUGUGCAGCUUAUGAGCAUAGACUGAACCUUUUACUUGGCCAAAACAUUUAGUGACAAGAGCCUUGUCUAAUCUGAGCACAUGUGACACACAGGGUACAGAGGGCCGGAUUCACAGAUGGACGCAGAGCGCUCAGCAGCUGCGUCUGCGGAUGAAGCUGCUGUGCCAUGUUAUGCUAAUGCUGCAGCUGGUCUCUUGUGUAAAUAGACUCCUCCUGCAUGCUUCUGUCAUGCGCUGAUGUGUCCCAAGACAAAGCAUCAGAUCACUCUGCAUGAACAUUGGUCAUCUGAGUACUCCUCAGCUUAAUCAGGAUGGCUGGUGUUUUCCCGCAGCUGGUGCCAGUGAAGCAGUGGACUAGGCACGCCUUGAAAGCAGGGCGACAUGCCCGUUUUUGAGAGCGCUCCCAGUCUAGUCUAAGGGGGCACUGCAUUAGAUGCCGUAGGACUCAAUCUGUACAUGCGCAAUAUGGGUUCUGCGCAUGCGCAGUUCAGUAAACAUCAGAGGUGUACGUCUCACAUGGGAUUGGUCCAUCUUUGAAUUAGCCCCAGAGUGUGCUCAUGGCUUUAUCCAUUCCAGUGAUUUCUAGCCUGCAGGUUCACAAACAGUAGCUGUCCGACGUGCGUGCACAUUGCGGCUCAGACGCAUGCGCUGUUAGGACCUGAUUGCCUGUGGUGCGAAAAUGCACAGCAGCGAUCAGAUAUAAAUUACCUCCAUAGUGCAUAUCGCACCGUGCGUAUAGUCAUUGCGAUGCCGAUGCACGAUCCCACGGGAUCGGCAUCGCAAGGAAAAAUAGACUGUGCAGGCAGCCCAACAUUGACUAUAUCGGUGGGGCUGGGCUCCGGCCACAUCGAAUAGUCAAUGUCGGGCUGUACAGUGCAUUGCUCCGUGUGUACACGCCAUUAGAUUUGGGUGUGGUGUGUUCAAACUGAAAUCUAAAUUGCAGUGGAAAAAUAAAGCAGGCAGUAUUUACCCUGCACAGAAACACUAUAACCCACCCAAAUCUAACUCUCUCUGCACGUGUUAUAUCUGCCCCCCCUGCAGUGCACAUGGUUUUGCCCACUAGACGAAAAUGUUGUUUUGCAAUCAACCUUGAAUUAGGCCCUAUAUACAGUAUGAUGGAGUAGAUUUAUUGCUAAAAGUAACAAGUAAUAUAAAAGUGAAACAUAUAUUUUAAUUCUUAAAUCAGGCAUUACUUUUGUUUAAGCAAUAAAUAGUACAAAAGUAGUAUACAUUUAUUAGUACAGUUGUAAUACAGUACAUUGCGGAGUACUGUAGUAUUUGGCUAUUCCUUUUCAACAGUUCCUCUAGAAUGUAAGCUCUCAUGGGCAGGAUUGUCUGCCUUAUAUCUCAUGUCUGUCCACUCUGUUUUCCUUGUUUGUACCUAUCAUGUCUUAUGCCAAAUUGUUUCUGUAUGCUACUAUUCAGUAUGUGAUUGGUUCUGUUAAUUGCAUGCAAGCAUUUAUUAUACUGUUCUGUAACCAAUUACACAUUAUUAUGUUAUUGUUUUUCAUGUAAGUCAUAUCUGUAUGACAAU